GCACCUGCCCGAUGUUUAGCCUAGAUGGUGUCAACAAAGUUUAAGAUAUUAACCUUGCAAUGGACUAUAACAAGAAUUGACAUAAAGAAAAGUUUAUGAAGUCUAGGCCUAGUCUUUUGGAAGUAGAUUAUAGUGGGAUUUUAGCGGAGUUCCUCUGGACUUCGACCUCCUUUGAACAACCUACCUGACAGGCACAACGAGGAAGUGUUGACAGUCGCAUCAGUUGAACGGGAAGCCAUUUCACCUAUAGGCUAGCAAUUGGCAACCUCACUUGUUUCCGAAGCUUACAGCUAGCGUUCGUGUGUGGCUUUCAUUCUGUGAAUCCUGCUCACAGAAAUAUUUUGGGGUAGCCUAAUGUAUUUGUUUACAUAGUCGGCGAUAAUUACGGGUAUUUAAAAAAAAAAAAACUUUUAAGGCCGAAAAUUUCCUUUCAAAGUGGACUAUUUAACGUCGAAGAACAUCAGUCUAUAAAGAUGAACAUGUCUUCUGAGGACAGCAUGACUACUCUACUGGAUAUAGUCAACAACACAGAGGCACUGUCACGUUCUUCAUCAAUAGUGCCAAACCUGACCGCUAAGCCUAACAUGACAUUGAUCAGAUCCGGGAAUGGUACAAUCCUGGGGGAUCAGAUCUUUUUGAACACCACCCUUGCUCAAGCACUCUCUGGAAUUUUUGUGUGGUCAGCACUGCUUAUCACCUGUCAUCAGAUCUACUCCCACCUGAGAUCGUAUACCACGCCUAAUGAGCAGCGCUACAUCAUCCGCAUCCUCUUCAUCGUGCCCAUCUACGCCUUCGACUCGUGGCUCAGCCUCCUCUUCAUCGGUAACGACCAGUACUACGUCUACUUCGACUCCAUCCGAGACUGUUAUGAAGCCUUUGUCAUUUACAACUUCUUGAGCCUGUCCUUUGAGUACCUGGGGGGAGAGAGUGCCAUCAUGGCCGAGAUUCGAGGGAAGCCCAUUCAGUCUAGCUGCUUAUACGGCACUUGCUGUUUGGUGGGAACGAGUUAUUCCAUUGGGUUUCUGCGGUUCUGCAAACAGGCUACCCUUCAGUUCUGCGUGGUGAAACCCAUCAUGGCCGUCAUCACCAUCCUCUUGCAGGCCUUUGGCAAGUACCACGACGGAGACUUUAAUGUGACAGGUGGCUACCUCUACAUCACCAUCAUCUACAACUUCUCGGUCAGCCUGGCGUUGUAUGCACUCUUCCUCUUCUUCUUCGCCACCAGUGACCUGCUGCGGCCCUACGAGCCCGUGCUUAAGUUCCUCACCAUCAAAUCGGUCAUCUUCCUCUCCUUCUGGCAAGGCAUGGUUCUGGCUAUUUUGGAGCGCUGUGGCGUCAUCUCAAAUGCGCUGGUGAUCAACGGCCAUGAGGUGGGAGCGGGCACUGUGGCGGCCGGCUGGCAGAACUUCAUCAUCUGCAUAGAGAUGUUCUUCGCCGCCAUCGCCCUUCGCUACGCCUUCACCGACAGUGUCUACCAGCAGAAGAAGGAAACCGAUGCCAUACAUAACAUCGCCCCCAUGCACAGCAUCUCCAGUGGACUGAAGGAGACCAUCAACCCUGGGGACAUGGUCCAGGACGCCAUCCACAACUUCUCCCCAGCGUACCAGCAGUACACCCAGCAGUCCACUCAGGAGGUGGUCCAGCCCAGUCAGAACGGCAAGCCGGGGGCCGGCAGCGCAAAGAGCGCAAAGAGUGCCAAGAAGGCUGACAAAAUCAUGCUGAUCGCCUCCGAUGAUGAGUUCUAAUGAGCCGGUCACCUGUAGGGAAGCGUCUUGGGCUUCCACUGCAUUAAAAUCCACCAGCUGGGACGAGCAGAGGGACUUUAUCCCUCAGACUCUUUUUUUUAUUUUAUUUUGAUGAUGUUCCCCCCCCCCCCCCACCCCCUAUGUUAUGCUUACUUUUAAUUGACUGUACACACAGAGUUACUGACAUUGUUCACAUUCAAAUAUUUAUACAAAUAUGUGCACAAGCAUGAGACACUCUGGAGGUUGCCUUUUCUUCCAGAUUGACAGGUGCACCCGGUAACCUUGACGUGGAGACGGGCUGACUGCCGAUUGUCAGAUGGCGGCGGGCAGACCGAGCGGAUUUGAGUGGCGUGGAACGAAACAAAGCCUGCCAUGCUUCUUUUAUCCCCGUCCUUCGGCCUCUCUCCAUCCGUCCGUUCCUCGGCCCGAUCUCUCCAUCUCUCUGCCGCCUUGGCACUGACUGAGCGCGCGGGCGAUGGAGUGUGCACUCGACUGCCUGAUGGCCCAUCUGUUUGUGUGCACGCCGGCUGAUAAAUGCGUGGCAUCAGGAGUAACGAGAUGCUAGGAGGUGGCGCCGGCGCUGGCGGUGGUGUUGAUGAUGGGGCCCGUUGGCUGGUUGGCACUGCCGAGCGACAGGCUCCUUGAGUCUGGAUGGUCCUUUUCUGAAGUGUCCGCUCACCAGCCCGCUAUUACUGGCCCCCCCCCCGGUGAUCUCUCAGACACACGCUGGCUUCAAAAGGAGCCUCUUUAUGAUAUUGACUGGGGCCCUUUGGAAAACCUUUGUACUGUUAAGUGUGGCUCAAACAGGCAGAGAUGAGCACUGAGUCUGGAAGAUUGGUGGGGGUGGGGGGAGGGGUGUCUCUGCCAGUCUCAUUAAAUUUCCCAGCAUGACUUAAUGUGUAUUCAAAUCAGCAGACUCUGAAUUGUGUUUUUAAAGGAGUAUGUAUGUACAAUACGUGUCACCGUGGAUGGUUGUUUGGAUGGUUUUGGGUAUGUUGCAGGACUGACAUUGUUGUGUAUGCCUGACAUCUCAGCAGGCUGUUGAAUAAAUAAUUUAAGAUGUAAAAUUAGUGAAUUCAUUUUCUUUUAUGCUUUUGUUUGUGUUGCACAAGUGUUAUAUAGUUAAACAACACUUUAUAUGUUUGGAAAUACAGGGCAUGUUGUUUUAGUAGCUUGUGUAAUGUUGUGUAGUUUAAUAUAUGCCAUAUUUAUCAUUAUUAAUUCAAUACCAAAGUGUUUCUGGCUUAGAUGGUUCAGGCCAACCAUCUUAUUCAAAUAACCUCUUUUUACAUGUUGUUAAUGUAGCUAGAGCGUUGUAUUAAGUCAGGGAAAAGAGUUUUAUCCAGUGUGAUCACAAGGAGGGAUCUGAGAAACAAUGUCUGGUCGAUUUCUGUUUUCUGUAGAUAAACUGUGCCAAUAUGUCUGCCUUAUAGACAAGGUUAAAUGUAAUGGAAAUAUGAAAUAAACUAAUGAUCUGA